UUUUAUCCCGCCACUUUAUUUUCCAGGAACUGUGACUUAUUAUCAAAAACUGCUCUUGGUCACAGGCACGUUAACAUCGCCCAUCGCUUGUGGAGCUGUAUGAGUGUGUGUGUGUGCGUGUGUGCGGGUGUGUGAAUGAAAAACUUGCAACUGUGAAAAUAUAACCAAAAAUAAAGACGAUUUUGUCUUGAGUGCGUUGACUCCCCGCCAGCGACAGUGACGUAGCCCAUCAACAGCUGGGAAGUUGCAGCAGUUGGAGCAGAAUUAAAAUACUGCUUUCGUUCAGCAGCAGCGACUCGGGCGGCCAUGGCGGACACGGCGACAGCAGCGACAACUGCGGCGGCCUCCAAGAAAAAGUACAGAAAUAAAAAGAAAAUACAGCAGCAGCCACAAAAGUCAGAGGCAAAGCCAGCACAAGCAGUCAAGGCUAUUGUGCACCAAGCCAAUGGGCACGUCGUCCAGUCUGAGACUGAUGAAGCAAAUGUGUCCUUAAUCAAUGGCAUCAUGGAGCAGGUGCAACUGUGCAAUGGCCAUGCCAAGGAGGGGGCAAAGGCAACAGCUGAGCCAAUGGCUGGCACGGCCCCAGUUGCGGCCACUGUUAAUGGCCAUGUCAAUAAAAGCACUGCCAUCAACAACAACAAUCACAUAAACAAUAACAACAUCAGCAGCAACAACAACAACGAUGUCAACAACAUCAACACCGGUAGCCGCAACAGAAGCAAUAAUAACAAUAGUAGCAGCCGCAGUAAGGCGAAAAACAACAACAAGUCCCAAGCGUCGUACGAGGAAUCGGAAAGCGGGAUGCAGGAUCAGCAAACGACAAGCGUAUCAGCAGCAAAUACUGAAAUAGUGACAAGAAAAAUCACUGCCAACACACACACAACAACAGCAAAGAUUACGGAGGCCAGCGCCCAGGAUGAGGCGCCUUCGACAUCAGCAGCUGCUGCGGCAGCCGUUGCUGAGUCAGAGCCCCAACAAGAACAAAAACAGCUCCAGCUUGAACCUGCCAUUUCAGCCGAUGAGAUAGUCUAUAAGGAAUACGAAGCCGAGCAUCAAAUGCAUGAUAUAAUGCGUCUGAUACAAGCCGAGCUGUCUGAGCCAUAUUCGAUAUACACGUACCGCUAUUUCAUCUACAACUGGCCAAAACUAUGCUUCCUCGCCGCGCACGAUAAUCAAUAUGUGGGCGCCAUUGUAUGCAAGCUGGACAUGCAUAUGAACGUGCGACGCGGCUACAUAGCGAUGUUAGCGGUGCGUAAGGAGUAUCGCAAGCUUAAAAUUGGCACCACGCUUGUAACCAAAGCCAUUGAGGCCAUGCUUGCUGACAAUGCUGACGAAGUGGUGCUGGAAACGGAGAUGCGCAACGAGCCGGCGCUCCGCCUGUAUGAAAACCUGGGCUUUGUGCGUGAUAAACGACUUUUUCGUUAUUAUUUAAACGGUGUGGAUGCGCUUCGCUUGAAGCUCUGGUUUAGAUGAGCCGACGCAUCGUUAAAUGAUGUUGAAAUUAUUGUCUAGUGGCCGCCAGGCGAGAGCUCUAAAUAGGAUGCCUUGUUUCAACUAUAUAGUUAAAAACCAAUGUUUUCGUUGGGCUGGCUUCCAUACUGUCCACAAGAACGGGACUCUUGUUUGUUUUUUUUUUUUUUAAAUAUAUAUAUAUAUAUAAAUACAUAUAUAUGAAUAUUAAUUUUAUUAGGCAUUUGUUUGUCAUUUAAUUUCUUCUCACGUGGCGCAUGACAAACAAUCUUUUGUACCUAUUAACUAGGAUUUACAAUUUUUAUUUUCUUUAAUUAAUGUAUGUAAAUUAUUUUAAUAAUUUAAGCGUAUGGCAACAAAAGAAACAACUAUAACAGUAGCAGCCGUAACAGUAACAACAAAUAAAUACAUGCAAAUAAAAACCUUACGUACACAUGCAAUACGUGAUUUACAUACUUACAUAAUUGCCUAAUUGCGAGUGCAUAAAAACGAAGAAAAUCAGAAGCAAUAAUUGCAUUAUAUUGUACAUUAAACACAAACGAUAUUACAAUCUAAAGCGCAUAAACAAACACACAUAAACUAAUAAACAAAAUAUUCAUAUUUAUUUAGGACUAUGUUAUAAAAACAACAACAAACGCAAUACAUAUGUAUGCAUAUGAAACAUUGAAACCGAACACACACAUAAUAUCGCAAGCAAUUACAUAAUUAAAUAAUUACAAUUUAUAUAUAUAUACACAUAAACAUAUACAUAUAAGCAUUGUGUUUUGUUAUACACACAUACUUACACUCGUACUUGUAUACACACAAAGAAACAAACAUAGGAAUAUGUUGAGUCAGAUUGUGCAUGCUAAUUUAUAGCAUUUUAAACAUUUACACACAUAGUUGAAAAAUUAAGAAAGCCUAAACUUAAAUGAAAAGAAAAAAAACAAAACUAACUAAAUAGAGAAGAAAUAAAAAUAUUGGAAUGCAGCAUGAGGCGCGUUGUUAACGAUCAA